AUGACUGUGUGGCUGCGCAUGGGCAUCGAUGGCUGCCUAGGUUGUUUGCCUUGGCCCUGGCCGUCGAAACCGCAUUACGACGCCCUGGAAGCCAAAGUGGAGGAGGUUUGGCGACGGGUUCUGGCGCUGCCACCAGGAGGCGUACGUCCAGAAGAUAGUUUCCUCGAGCUGGGCGGGGAGUCCCUUCUGGCACUCAGGGUCUGCGCAACGCUCCGCUAUGAACUUGGUGGGGAGGCGGAGCCAGACGAAGAUGUUGCCCCUGGUGACGAAAAGGCUCCACAAUUUGGGCAUGUUUCUGGCGCAUUUGCUGUGGCAACACUCCUCGCAGCGCCCAGCUUCCGUGCGUUUUGUGAUGGUCUGCGGCGCGGCGGCUACAGCUUGCCAGGUGACGGAGUUCCAUGCCAGGGCCGGGAACAACAGCGCCAGGCCUGGCCACGCCUGCGAAGCGCUGCGCGAAAAAGGGGUCCAGGUGCGGCAGCAGCCUUAGCAGCGGAGCUGGAUGCAGCAACUCCAGAGGACGCUCAGCAGUGGAUCGGGGCCGCUGCUCGACAAGGUAAUGCGAAGGCUGCUGGAUCCUUCACGGCCCUCCACGCAGCGGCGCAAGCGAACGCCACCGAGUGUGUGCAGUUCCUGUUGGAACGGCGCGCGAGAGCCACGACGACUGAGCCGGGUGCGGCCAUGACGCCUUUACACUAUGCCGCCAUGGCUUCCGGGGCCGGCGCCUUGGACUUGCUGCUAAAGGCCAAGGCCCCUCUCACAGUCCGCGACGCGCGGGGCCAGUCGCUGCUCCAUGCAGCCGCCCGAAGUGGCAGCGCCGAAGCGCUUCGCCGGCUGCUGCAGGCCAUGAAGGAUUCCCGAUCUCGGGGCUUCUUGGAGUGGAGCGACCGCUGGGCACGCUCGGCGGUGCACUGGGCCUCCUUGAACGGCCACUCGGAGGUUUUGAAGAUCUUGCUGGAGGCAAAGGCGUGA